AAUGAAGUCGUUCAUCCUUGGGCCUUUGGGUCUCCUGGUCGCCAUAUGCUGUCUCUACCAACCGGCAGACGCCGCUCUUGCUGCAAUGUCAAUCGACCUGGGAAGUCAGUUUAUCAAGAUUGGAUUGGUUAAGCCCGGCGUUCCAAUGGAUAUUGUGCUGAAUAAGGAGUCAAGAAGAAAAACGCCAAACGUUAUCUCUUUUAAAAAUGACGAAAGGUUUUUUGCUGAGGCGGCUGCAGCUAUGUCAUCUUCGCAUCCUCAAUCUUCCUACAACUUCCUUCUCUCAAUGAUUGCCCGUAAGGAAGGAGACGACGCGUUUGUCACAUUCCAGAAGACGUUCCCAUUUACUGCUUUUGAGUUCGAUGAAGUCAGAAAAACUGUUGUCUUCCCAUACAAAGAGGAAAAGUACAAUGUGGAAACACUUUUGGCAAUGAUUCUGUGGAAUGCAAAGAAAGUUACCGAAGCAUAUGCUGAUCAGACUGUGAAGGAUGUCGUCAUCACCGUGCCAAUUUUCUUGAAUCAAGCUGAACGACGUGCCAUCGCUUCCGCCGCGGAAAUUGCUGGGCUUAACCUGCUUCAGCUUCUCAAUGACGGCUCGGCUGCUGCUUUGAAUUAUGGAGUGUUCAGGCGCAAGGAAAUCACCGAAAAACCGACACACAUGUUGAUUUAUGAUAUGGGAGCCGUUAAGACAACUGCAACCAUUGUACAAUAUGUACUUGAAUCAACUCGUAAGGACGGCAAGGACAAGCAACCCACACUUCGCACCGUUGGUGUUGGAUUUGAUAAAACUCUUGGAGGACUCGAAAUCACCAAUCGACUCAGAGAUCACUUGGAAAAGGUGUUCCGUGAUACUGUCAAAACGUCAAAGGAUAUUUCAACCAAUGCUCGAGCUAUUGGAAAACUGCAUAAAGAAGCUGAACGUGUCAAGCAAGUGCUAUCUGCAAACAAAGACACAUAUGCUCAAGUAGAGAGCUUGUUCGAAGAGCAAAACUUCAGAGCCAAGGUUACUCGCGAAGAACUUGAAAAAAUGAUUGAGGAUCUCGAGCCAAGAAUCGCCGCUCCAAUCCUCGACGCCAUCGGAAUGGCUCAAAUCAGCACCAAUGACAUCGAUUUGGUUGUUCUCAUGGGAGCUGGAACUCGUGUGCCAAAAGUGAAGGAAAUCCUCAAGACCAUUCUAAAGGACAAGGAAAUCAGCAAUUUCCUGAACACUGAUGAAGCUAUCGCCAUGGGAGCUGUCUAUCAAGCUGCUCAUUUGUCCAAGUCAUUCAAAGUUUUGCCAUUCAACGUUCACGAGAAGAUCCUGUAUCCAGUGUUCGUUAACUUCCUCACAAAAACCGAAGAAGGAACCAUGAAGCCAAUCAGAAAAUCGCUUUUCGGAGAGAAUUAUCCAGUACCCAACCGAGUGAUGCAUUUCUCAUCAUAUUCCGACGAUUUCAAGAUUGAUAUCCAAGAUGCUGAUAAGAACCCAUUGUCCACUGUCGAGAUUAGCGGAGUCAAGGAUGCUAUUGAGAAGGAAGUAACUGAUGAGAACUCAGUGUUGAAGGGUGUCAAGACAACUUUCUCCAUUGACUUGUCUGGAAUUGUAUCGGUGGAAAAGGCUAGUGUGGUGGUGGAGAAAGUUCCAACACCUGAAGAAAAGGAUAAGUACGAGGUUGACAAAAAAGAAUUUGACGAAUGGGAGAAAGAGCAGGAAGAGCUGAAAAAGAAGGAAAAGGCCGAGAAAAAGGAAAAGGAAGAGAAGAAGAAGACCGAAGGUGAGGAAGAGAAAAAUGAAGAUGCUGCCGGAGAAGAGAAGACUGAAGAAAAAACCGAAGAAGUUGAGAAGCCAGUAGUUGUGAAGAAGACGAAGCCAGUGGAGCCAAAAGCAAAGAAAAUUAAUGUUGCACUGACGAUCAAGGAAACCAAGACCGACAACAUUGACCUGAAUGAGGAAGAAGUGACCGCGGCCAAGAAAGUCCUCGGAGAUUUUGAGCAAAAGGAAAAGGAAAAGCACGAUCGUGAAGAGGCUAUGAACCGCUUGGAAGGACUUCUUUAUGAUUUAGCAGUCCGGUUGGAAGACGGUGAGGAGUAUGCCGAGUAUGCUACUGAAGAAGAGAAGAAGGCAAUUCUUGAGGAAGUCGCCGUGUUGAAGCUCUGGUUCGAGGAUGACGUUUCGCUCGAAACGAAGAAAGAAGAAUUUGAUGAGAAGAGAGCAAAGUUGGAAGAGUUGACAGCUAAACCAAAUGCCAGAAAGCAAGAAAGACUUGAUAUUCCAAAAGUUGCUGAAAUUAUCGAGGAUCACUUCAAUCGUUCUAUGACCUUCCACGCUAUGGCUCUUAACUUGACACAGUUUGAGGAGGGUAACAAGACAUUCACAGACACUGAACUUGAGGUUCUCACUAAAUUGAUUGAGUCGACGACCGAGUGGUGGAAUGAGAAGAAGGAUCUUUUCGAGAAGCAAGCUAAGAACGAGGAUCCCGUUGUGAAAGCUUCUGAGAUUGCAGAAAAGGCUCGUGACUUGGAACGAGAAGUGCGUUAUCUGGUGAAUAAGUUGAAGAUUGCAAGCUCCAAGAAGAGCAAAGAAUCUGAAAAGAAAAAGAAGACAAAGAAGGAAAAAGACACUGUAAAAGAAAGAAAGGAGGAAGAAACCACAGAAACAACUACAGAGGAUCAAGCUAAUGAGCAGCAGACUCCUCCGCCGUUUGAGAACGAUAACACAAAGGAUGAUGAAUCAGCAUCGACUGAAGAGCCGAAGAAAGACACUGAACACGAUGCAUCGGAACUGUAAACCUGUCAUAUCAAAUCAGUAGUCAACAAAAGUGCAUUUGGACUUUUUUUAAUUAUUUGUUCUUUUUUAUGUCUGUCUGCCACCGAAUUCACAUUUUUAUAACCAACCUAUCAAUCCAAAUCAGCUUCAUCAUUUUUCUUUGUCAUACACCUAUCACUUUCAUGGGAAAUAUCUACAAAACAUUUUAUAUUUAAAACAAAAAAAUUGAACUUUCAACAAGAUGGAUGGAUGAUGACAAUUGAUGCGGAGAAUUUUCAUCAUUUCUGAUGUAAUCUCGUCGUGUUCGCCGUCUAAACCAUUUAUCUUAAUUAAAUUUUGUGAUAAAAACUAGCUUUCAUCCAACUUUUCUAAUCAUAAACUUUUAAACGAAAACUCAUCCCUUGCUUUUCAUUGUUCACGGGAGAAAUAAAUAACACUAACUUAUUAUGUUCUGUUUUUCCUUAGUCCCUUAAUUUUCAACGGUUGUUCUAUAUUGUAGGGUUUUUGAAUUCAUUGAUUGUUUUAACCUUUUGAUCUUCCACAUUUUCCCAUAUUGAUAAAGUCUUCUGGAAA